CAGUGCCGCUUGCAGCCGCGGAGCCAUGCAGAGGAGCGCCCUGCAGAUGACCCAGCCAGCUGCUGCGCCCCUCUCGGGCGCCGCAGUGCGACAAGCGCCCCGGCUGCAGAGCAGGCGCCUGCCCGGCCGGCCGGGCGUUGCCCGUGCGGCCAGCUCCGCCGACAGCCAGGAAACCGGCGAGCCCAACGGGGGCCUGAACACUACUUUUUCGGCCCUGGCAGCGGCCGGCGUGGCCGCAAUGGCGGCCGGCGUAGUGCAGACGGGCGUGGUGCCUGCAGCUCUGCCGCCCCAGGUGCUGUCGACGGCGGCGCAGGUGGCGCAGGCCUCGGUACAGAAUGCGGUGCCGCUGCUGGGCGGAACGGCCGUUGCCACCAGCGCAGCGGCCGUGGCGACCACGGCCAGCGCCAAGCGCGAGAGGGGGCAGCAGCGGGUGCGGCUGGAGCAGCUGAAGAAGGAGGUGGCGGCGCUGCAGGACCUCCAGCAGCAGGAGCUGGCGCUGCUGCAGCUGCAGAUGAACGCCAAGGCGCAGGAGUUCAUGUCUGCCUUCCAGGUGCUCCAGGACGACCUCAGCCGCGAGGCAGAGGGGCGGCUGGAAGUGGAGAGCCAGCUGGUGGCGGCGCAGCAAAAGGCGGCCAGCCUGGAGGCGCGGGUGGAUGCGGAGGUCCGCGAGCGCCAGCGCCUGCAGCAGGCGGCCAACAGGAUGGAGUCGGAGGCGGCGCUGAACCGGCGCGAGUACCUGCAGCUGGAGGACCAGGCCGCGGCGCUGCAGGCGCAGCUGCAGGCGGCACACCGCGAGGUGGCCGACGCCCACGCGCUGCUGGAGGCCACCAACAGCCGCAGCGAGGUGCUGGAGCAGGCGUGGAAUGAGGCGCUGCAGGCCUCCAAGGACGCGCAGCUGGCGGCGGCCGACAGCCGCAGCCUGGAGCUGGCGCUGGCGCGGGCGCAGGAGGAUGCCGCCUACCUCAACACGCAGCUGGAGCAGUCGCAGCACGAGGCGGCGGAGGCCAGCGCGGCGCUGGCGGCCGCGCGGGGCCGCACCGCGAUGCUGGAGAAGGCGUAUGCUCAGGCCAAUGAGGAGGCCAGCCAGCUGCGCAGCGACAAGCGCAGCCUCGAGAGCGCCCUGACCCAGGCGCAGCAGGAGGCGCGGGCGCUGGCGGCGCAGCUGGAGGAGGCGCAGGCUCUCGGCACGCAGCUGGAGGAGGCGCAGCGGGGCACGGCUGAUGCCUAUGCUCUGCUGGACUCCCUGCGCAGCCGCACCGCGAUGCUGGAGAAGUCUUAUGCCGCUUCCAUGAUGGAGGCACAGGACGCCGCCCAGCUGCGCAAGCAGCAGCGCAAGCUGGAGGCCGCGCUGAGCCGGGCGCAGGAGGAGGCGUCUGCGCUGUCUGCUGAGCUGAACGCGGCGCAGAAGGACGCGGCGGCGGCCAAGGCGCUGCUCAGCAUGUCCCACGGCCGCAACGCUCUGGUUGAGAAGGCGUGGAAGACUGCGCAGGAGGAUGCCAUGUCGCUCCGGGGGCAGCAGCGCAGAAUGCAAGCGGCGCUGAGCGCGGCGCAGAAGGAGGCGCGCGCGCUGGCUGCGGAGCUGGAGCGGGCGCGUGCUGUGGGCCAGCUGGAGGCGGCGUACGGCUCCUCCGCCGAGCACUCGGAGCUCGGCACGCUCCGCAGCCGUACCUCCAUGCUGGAGAAGGCAUACGCCAGUGCCACAGAGGAGGCCAAGGCGGAGCAGGCGAGGCGGGUGGAAGCUGAGCGGCAGCUGGAGUGGUCCAAGCGCGAGGUGCAGCACCUGACCUGGGAGCUGGAGGGGGCGCAGGCCUCCAUCGCCACCAGCGCUGCCGGCGUGGAGACGAUUGUGGCGCAGCUGCCCGAGGUGGUGGGGCGGUGGCAGGACGGCACGCCUCGCGAGCUGGCGCACCUGCGCAACUUCUAG